GUCUCUGUCGGUCGACGCAGUGGCGAAGCCACCAGUAUCUUCUGCUGUUUCGUCGGAGCGAGUACAGUGACUACGACGGAUAACGUGAGAGUGCGAACCGUCCGUAAACGAAGUCGAGAUGUUCUCGAAAGGCAUCGACAGCCAUCAGGCAAGCCAGGAACACGCGCUUGCUGUGUCCCGCGACUUCAUCGCUCAGCCGCGUCUCACAUAUAAGACAGUAUCCGGUGUAAACGGUCCAUUGGUAAUAUUGGAUGAGGUGAAGUUUCCAAAAUAUGCUGAAAUUGUACAACUGAAACUCGCUGAUGGCUCCCUACGCUCUGGUCAAGUAUUGGAGGUCUCAGGUUCCAAGGCUGUGGUUCAGGUCUUCGAAGGCACAUCGGGCAUUGAUGCAAAAAACACUCACUGCGAGUUCACCGGUGACAUCCUGCGGACUCCAGUGUCCGAGGAUAUGCUGGGUCGUGUGUUCAACGGCUCAGGAAAGCCGAUAGACAAGGGGCCGCCAAUCCUGGCGGAAGAUUACUUGGAUAUCCAGGGCCAGCCUAUUAAUCCUUGGUCUCGUAUCUAUCCGGAGGAAAUGAUACAAACUGGAAUAUCGGCCAUUGAUGUUAUGAACUCCAUUGCCCGUGGUCAGAAGAUUCCCAUCUUCUCUGCUGCUGGUUUGCCGCAUAAUGAGAUCGCCGCGCAAAUCUGUCGUCAAGCGGGUCUUGUGAAGGUGCCCGGCAAGUCCGUUCUCGACUCGCACGAGGACAACUUUGCCAUCGUGUUUGCCGCUAUGGGUGUCAAUAUGGAAACCGCUCGUUUCUUCAAGCAAGACUUCGAGGAGAACGGUUCCAUGGAGAACGUGUGCCUAUUCUUGAAUCUGGCCAACGAUCCGACGAUCGAGAGAAUCAUUACACCGCGUCUCGCUCUGACAGCAGCUGAGUUUCUGGCAUAUCAAUGCGAGAAGCACGUACUAGUCAUUCUCACCGAUAUGUCCUCGUAUGCCGAGGCGUUGCGUGAAGUAUCGGCCGCCCGUGAAGAGGUGCCGGGUAGACGUGGUUUCCCCGGUUACAUGUACACCGAUUUGGCCACAAUCUACGAACGUGCCGGCCGUGUAGAGGGCCGCAACGGCUCUAUCACGCAGAUCCCAAUUCUUACUAUGCCGAACGACGAUAUCACUCACCCGAUUCCCGAUCUUACUGGAUACAUCACCGAGGGUCAGAUCUACGUCGAUCGUCAGCUACACAACAGGCAGAUCUAUCCACCAGUGAACGUGCUACCGUCUCUGUCGCGUCUCAUGAAGUCCGCCAUCGGCGAGGGUAUGACGCGAAAGGAUCACUCCGAUGUGUCCAAUCAGCUGUACGCGUGUUACGCCAUCGGAAAGGACGUCCAGGCGAUGAAAGCUGUCGUAGGAGAGGAGGCGUUAACACCGGAUGAUCUGUUGUACUUGGAAUUCUUGUCGAAAUUCGAGAAGAACUUCAUCUCACAGGGUAGCUAUGAGAACCGCACGGUCUUUGAGUCGUUAGAUAUCGGCUGGCAGCUUCUGCGAAUCUUCCCGAAGGAGAUGCUCAAGCGAAUCCCGGCGAGCACUCUCGCGGAAUUCUACCCGAGAGAUUCCCGUCAUUAAUUAUAUGUGCAAGCUUGUUCCAAUGAAACAGCGGAAAUUACGCGUACAAAAUCGACCUAUCUUUUCAUCGACGUUAAUUAAAAUAAAACACACGUCUAUUUUCGCGUGUUUACAGCAGAAAACGGUAAUGUGACAAGAGAAAGUUAAAGAGAAUAAUUAAAACGGCGUGUACGCUUUCGUAAGAAAAA